GACGCCUUCAACGCUAAACGGCUGGAUGUUUCUGUCAGGGGGCUGGAGGGAAAUCCCAGGAUUGGUCAACUUUCAGAGAAUGUGAAGCAGAGACACCUGACUGAAAAUAUCUGCAGAAAUAAACUUUGAAUUAAAAAGUGAAGUGAGAGCAGCUGACCCAGGGGAGAACCAGAACUCUGUGGUUCCUCUGCUGCUGGCCAGAAAUAAAUUAAAACAUUAAAGAAACCAGUUAAUCUUGGAUUCCUGCUCCCAUCCUGAGGCUCUUAUGUUAGAGACAAACAUAUUUUACCUUCAAACAAAUAGAGACCUAGGAACUAAAAUCUCAACCACUAGUUGAGCUUCAUUUCAAGAUGUUUUAAAGGAUCUGAUGUGGAGAAACUAACCUACACUAAACUAACCUACACUAAACUAACCUACUCUCACCUGUCCUCUGAUCAUAAACUUCUGCUUUUAUCACAUCUGAGGUCCACUUUCACUCCGGGACAAUUUAUUCAGCUGCUAUAUUUGAUGUUCUGCAUAUUUAAGCUAAAUUACUGCAACUUGUUAUAUUUUAAUCAAACAUUGCAGAGACAGCUCUCUGAACAGCUGUGCUCUGCAGCAGGUGGGAGAUAAAGAUGAAUCAGUUUUACUGCAGUAAGCAGAACAUGAGAAACUAAAGCAAUAGAGAGAUGAGAUGAUCCAUGUUCAGCCUGUUGCAUCUGUCCUGCUUCAGGUCUGUUUACCUUUCAGAGCCACAUGCAGAGAAUCACUCAGGAGAGGAGAAAUCAGUGAAAGAUGUUUAUUUACAAAGUGAAGUAAUGUGCAGCCGUAACGAUCUGGGUGGGUCAGGGGACUUCUGGAAGAAAUAAUGAAUUAGUGGAGCAGAUGAAGGUAACAGUGUUGGACAUGGGACUUCCACAGGAUGAGAGGUGAAUCCACCUGGAGGUGAAACUGAGGAGCCACAAGGGUUAAAAUCAGGCAACCAGCUCCUUAUAUCCAGGGAAUCAGCCUCAACCAUGCAACAGUUUCACCUGAGCGCCCUCUGGUGGCUACCUGCUGCAAAGCCACAGAGAAAACACCAUGGAGAUGCUCUGAAAGCUGGGAACUGGAUUCACCUCCAGUUGUGAAACCCAGCACCACGUCGCUCUGCUGCUCUAUGAUGUUUCUAUUUGAAGUUUCUUCCCAGAAUGCUGAGUCCAUGAAGAGCCGCUAUGAGUCCACCCGGCUUGUUCAGAACCAGACUUUCUCUGAAGAACAAAACCGGUCUCUGGGAACCAGAACCGGAUUCUGCUCCGGAUUCGGUCCUUCAACCUCAACCCAGCUGUUUGUCAUUUCGGAGCAACCAAUCAAAAUCAGCACCUCUUCAGUUUAAAGGAAGGUUCUGCACGUCUGAACUGGAUCAGUGCCAGUUUUUUCUCCCCAGACCAGGUUCUGAUCCAGAACCUGAACCCAGUUUGUCCCUGAGGAGCAGCCAGGCAGCAGGAUGGAAACCCCACCCAGACCUGAGAGUGGACCAGCAGAGCUCAGCGGUUCCCAGCGGUCCGUCUGGGCAGCAGCUCCAAACACAGCUGGACUCCAUAUUUACGGAACUGGAGCGAAACAUGAUCCGUUUUAUAAAGAACGAACUGAAGAAGAUCCAGAAGGUUCUGAAUCCAUGUUACCCAGAAUGCUUAGAGAGUCUGAAGGAGGAUGAGGAGAUGGUGGAGGGUGAUGAUGACGAGCAGAGGAAGAGGAGCAGCAGUGAAGCUUUGCUGAAGAUCAUAGUUUUGUUCUUGAAGAAGAUGAAUCAGGAGGAACUGGCCGAGCUUCUGCAGAGCAAAACUCCUUCCAUGUGUCAGGAUAACCUUAAAUCCUCCCUGAAGAAGAAGUUCCAGUGUGUGUUUGAGGGAAUCACUAAAGCAGGAAGUCCAACCCUGCUGAACCAGAUCUACACCGAGCUCUACAUCACAGAGGGAGGAACUGGAGAGGUCAACCAGGAACAUGAGGUCAGACAGAUUGAAACAGCUUCUAGAUCAACAGAUAGGCCAGAAACAACCAUCAGACAAGAAGACAUCUUUAAAGUCCAACCUGGAGGAGAUCAACCAAUCAGAACAGUGAUGACUAAAGGAGCAGCUGGCAUUGGGAAAACUGUCUUAACACAGAAGUUCACUCUGGACUGGGCUGAAGACAAAACCAACCAGAACAUCCAGUUCAUAUUUCCAUUCACCUUCAGAGAGCUGAAUGUGCUGAAAGAUAAAAAGUUCAGCUUGGUGGAACUGAUUCAUCAUUUAUUUCCUGAAACCAAAGGAAUCUUUAGCUUUGAACAGUUCCAGGUUCUGUUCAUCUUUGAUGGUCUGGAUGAGAGUCGACUUGGUCUGGACUUCAACAACAAUCCGAUCCUGACUGAUGUUACAGAGUCCAGCUCAGUGGAUGUUCUGGUGACAAACCUCAUCAGGGGGAAACUGUUUCCCUCUGCUCUCCUCUGGAUAACCACACGACCUGCAGCAGCCAAUCAGAUCCCUGCUCAGUGUGUUGGCAUGGUAACAGAGGUCAGAGGGUUCAAUGAUCCCCAGAAGGAGGAGUACUUCAGGAAGAGAUUCAGGGAUGAAAAGCAGGCCAGCAGCAUCAUCUCCCACAUCAAGACAUCACGAACUCUCCACAUCAUGUGUCACAUCCCAGUUUUCUGCUGGAUCACUGCUACAGUUCUGGAGGAUGUGAUGGAGACCAGAGAGGGAGGAGAGCUGCCCAGAACCCUGACUGAGAUGUACAUCCACUUCCUGGUGGUUCAGACCAAAGUGAUGAAGGUCAAGUAUGAUGGAGGAUCUGAAACAGAUCCACACUGGAGUCCAGAGAGCAGGAAGAUGAUUGAGUCUCUGGGAAAACUGGCUUUUGAUCAGCUGCAGAAAGGAAACCUGAUCUUCUAUGAAUCAGACCUGACAGAGUGUGGCAUCGAUAUCAGAGCAGCCUCAGUGUACUCAGGAGUGUUCACACAGAUCUUUAGGGAGGAGAGAGGGCUGUACCAGGACAAGGUGUUCUGCUUCGUCCAUCUGAGUGUUCAGGAGUUUCUGGCUGCUCUUCAUGUUCAUCUGACCUUCAUCAACUCUGGAGUCAAUCUGCUUGAAGAAUGUGAGACAGAAGAUAAGGAACCUGCACUGGCUAAUUUACAUCAGAAUGCUGUGGACAAGGCAUUACAGAGUCCAAAUGGACAUCUGGACUUGUUUCUGCGGUUCCUCCUGGGUCUUUCACUGCAGACCAAUCAGAGACUCCUACAUGGUCUCCAGACACAGAAGGCAAGAAGUUUACAGAAAAACCAGGAAACAAUUCAGUACAUAAAGCAAAAGAUCAGUGACAGUCAGUCCAUAGAGAAGAGUAUCAACCUGUUCUACUGUCUGAAUGAGCUGAACGAUCGUUCUCUAGUGGAGGAGAUUCAACGGUCUCUGAGUUCAGGACGUCUCUCCACAGAUACACUGUCUCCUGCUCAGUGGUCAGCUCUGGUCUUCAUCUUACUGUCAUCAGGAAAAGAUCUGGAUGAGUUUGACCUGAAGAAAUACUGGGCUUCAGAAGAGGCUCUUCUCAGGCUGCUGCCUGUGGUUAAAGCUGCUAAGAAAGCUGUGUUGAGUGGCUGUAACCUGUCAGCAAGAAGCUGUGAAGCUCUUUCCUCAGUUCUCGGUUCCCAGUCAUCUAGUUUGAGAGACCUGGACCUGAGUAACAACGACUUGGAGGACUCUGGGAUAAAGUACCUGUGCCAUGGACUGGAGAGUCCAUGUUGCAAACUGGAAACUCUCAGUCUUUCAGGCUGUCUGAUCUCAGAAAAAGGUUGUUCCUCUCUGGCUUCGGCUCUGACCUCCAACCCCUCCCACCUGAGAGAGCUGGACCUGAGCUACAACCAUCCAGGAGAGGCCGGACUGCAGCUGCUGUCAGUCAGUCUAAAGAUGCCCGACUGCAGGCUGGACGCCAUCAGAACUGAACCCGGUUCUGUCCAGUGGUUGAAGCCAAACUUCACAAAAUACUUCUGCCAGCUCACACUGGACCCAAACACAGCGCACAAGUUCCUCAGGCUGUCUGAGAACAACAGGAAGGUGACCGACCUACGGAAGGAACACCCAUACCCCGAUCACCAGGAAAGAUUUGACUACUGGCCCCAGGUGCUGUGUGAAACUGGUUUGUCUGGUCGCUGUUACUGGGAGGUUGAAUGGGUUGGAAAGGUUUAUGUUGCAGUGAGCUACAGAGGGAUUGGGAGAAAUGGUGACAGCGAUGGCUCCAAGUUUGGAGGGAAUGAUCAGUCUUGGUGUCUCGCCUGCACUGAUGGAGGAUACAGCGCUUGGCACAACAACAGCGGGUCGCCCAUUCCUCUUCCUCCCUCUCCUACCGCCUCUCACCGUGUGGGCGUCUAUGUGGACGGUCCUGCUGGCAUCCUGUCCUUCUACAGAGUCUCCGGUGAUGUAGUGACCCACCUCCACACCUUCAGCACCACAUUCACUGAACCGCUCUAUGCUGGCUUUGGUUAUGGGGUCAAAUUUAAUUCCUCUGCUCUUUUGUGUCAGCUGUAAACCAACAGGAUGUGGUUUAGUUAAGUUGGUAAAAAAUAUUCCUACAUAUGAGAUCAAACUAGAACAGGCAGAGGAGGCAUCAUGAAAAUGAAGCUGUAUUUAUUUUCACAAGCACAUAAAAUGUCAAACUUUGUUUGGUGAUGAAAUAAUUACUUUACUUCUUAUAAUAAGGUGGGGUGUAAUUAGCCUCUUAUGUUUGUAUUAAACAGUAAUAACCUGUAUGUCUUUUGUCAUGUACAAUAUAGAAAAUGUAAUGAUAUUUUUAUGGAUUUUAUUUAUUUUCCAUUCUUUUACUUGUGAAAUAUUUGCUUCCAUCUGUAAUGUUGAACAUAUCAGCUGCUCCAGUCUUUAGUAAUCCCAGGGGCACAGAAAUUUAUCCCAACAUAUCCCCACAUUUUUCCACGCUAAUUCAUAAUUAUGUUUAUUUAAAAUUUUCCACAAAAAUUGUCUAAAACAUUAGAUUUCAGUGAUGUUAAUGCCCACCUGCAGGUGGCAGUAUUUACCUCUACUGCUCUGCUGCCUCAGACUUUCUUCAUGUCAAGUCGUAGCUUGUGAUUGACACAGAGUAAAAAACUGUAAAUAAUUAUUCCUGUUCAUUAAAGAAUAAAAAUGUUUGUGUUCAAGCUUACAAUUUUUUAAUCUUUU